UUUUUAUCUUAGUUGAUAAGGAUAUGAAACAAUAAUCUGUUGUAAUUCUUUGAUUUUGUAUGCGUUAAUAGUAUUAUGAAAACUAAAUUCUUGGAUGUUUCUAUUUAAUUAGCUUGUAGAUGUGUGUAUCUUAAUAUAACUGUGAGAUUGAAAAAUGGCAGCUCAAAUCAAACCUGGGCCAAGCUCAAGCAACGAUAAGUUCAAUUCAAACCGAAAGCCUGUAUUAUUGGCCAAACUUGAAGGAUGCAGUGACAAUGUGAACAAGGCCAUCAUUAUUCCUGAAACUGAUGGAGUCAUUAGUGUUUCAAGUGAUCGAUCUGUUAGAGUAUGGUUAAAAAGAGAUUCAGGUCAAUAUUGGCCAAGUAUAUGCAAUUAUUUGCCAUCACCUGCUGUUGAUUUAUUUUAUCGACCAAUAUCUAGACAAUUAUUUGUUGGACAAGAAAAUGGAACCAUAUCAGAAUUUAUUUUAGAAGAGGAUUUUAAUCGCAUGGAGCCUAUAGGUGAUAUUUUAGCUCAUUAUGGCCGCAUAACUGGAAUGAUCUGGACUGAAGUAGCCAUAGAUGGUGCUGUGGAACAAUGGAUUUUAAGUACAUCUCGUGAUAAAAGAUUUCAAUACCAUAAUGCAAAAAAUGGCAAUCCAAUUGGUCCUCCAUUUGUGUGUGCAGCAUGGUGUACAUCUUUGGAAUAUGAUGCUGAGUCAGCUCAUGCUUUUGUUGGAGAUUACUCUGGAAAUAUUACAAUGCUUAACAUUAAGGCUGAUGGGUUACAAGUUGUGACUACAUUGACUGGUCAUACUGCAUGUAUUGAAAUGCUCACUUGGGAUUCAUCAACAAGACGUUUAUUUUCAGCUGGACAUGAUCGUUUAAUUAUAAUUUGGGAUAUUGGUGGAGGUCAUGGCACAGCUUAUGAACUUCAUGGUCAUACUAAUCGAGUAACAUCGUUGGCAUUUGUAUCAUCUAAAAAUCAAUUAAUAUCGGCUGGUGAAGAUUCUGUCUUGGUAUUUUGGGACUUAAACGCAGAAAGAAAAGAAACACCUCCUUGGGCUGAAUCAGAUAACUGUGAAUCUUGUAGCCGACCAUUUUUAUGGAAUAUCACUGGAAUAUUUGAACGCAAACAAUUUGGUUCAAGGCAACAUCAUUGUAGAGCAUGUGGCCGUGCUCUUUGUGAUAAAUGUAGCCAAGAACAAUCGACCAUACCAUCUAUGGGAUUUGAGCUUCCAGUAAGGGUCUGUAAAUUCUGCAGCAGUAACAUAGAUCAUACACCGCUUGCAACAUUCCAUGAUACUAAGCAUAGUGUAAUGUCAAUUACAAUGGAUUUACAACGGAAAUGUGUUGUGACAGUUGGUCAAGACAGAGUUAUAAAAAUUUGGGACGUGUCAACGCUAUUAUAAACUCUCAUUUGCAAUUUAUAUAUUUAACCAUUGAAUAUUUUAAGGUUCUUUUCUGUACCUAAACUUAGAAAAUGAGCCUAUAUCUAUGCAUUUAUCACUUUAAAAAUAACUUAGUUAAACAUUAAAAAAAAAAUAUUGUAUCUAAUGGAUGAUAAUGUUAUUUGUUUAUAAUACAAUAUAAACACAAACACA